AUGGAUAUUUGGCAACAAGGCUUCAUGGUGAGGAGGCAGCUGCUGCAGCUGGUUCUGCUCCACACAGCCUGGGAAAUGGGGAGCGGCCAGCUCCAUUACUCUGUGCCGGAGGAAUCCCAGCACGGCACCUUCGUGGGCCGCAUCGCCCAGGAUCUGGGGCUGGAGGUGAGUGAGCUGGUGCCAAGGCUGUUCCGGAUGGAGUCUGAAGAUCAUGGGAACCAUUUUGAGGUAAAUGUCCAGAAUGGGAUUUUGUUUGUCAAUUCCCGGAUAGACAGGGAGACGCUGUGUGCCAAGAGCUCUGUGUGCACCAUUCACCUGGAAAUGAUUGUGGAUAAACCCCUGAGGAUCUUCCAUGCGGAGGUGGAAAUCAAAGAUAUAAAUGACAAUGCUCCCAUUUUCACUGUAAAUCAGUUGAAUCUCUUUGUAUCAGAAUCAACAGCAUAUGGUUCUCGCUUCUCUCUAGAGAGUGCUUCAGAUGCAGAUAUUGGUAAAAAUGCCCUUAUUGCAUACAGGAUCAACCCAAAUGAAUACUUUGUUCUGGAUACUCAGAAUAAGCAUGAUAAAACCAUGUCACCAGAGCUUGUUUUAAAAAAAACUCUGGACAGAGAAGAUAUCUCUUUGCACCAUUUAUUGCUUACAGCAACAGAUGGGGGUCAACCAGAACUCACAGGAACAGUACAACUAGUGAUAACUGUGCUGGAUGUUAAUGACAACAGACCUCUUUUUAAUCAUUCAGUUUAUGAAGUGAGUUUACCAGAAAGUUCAGCAAACGGGACUCUUGUUGUUACAUUAGAAGCAACAGAUCUUGAUGAGGGUAUUAACAAGGAUAUUUUCUAUGGCUUUAAACCACCUUUACCUUCAAAUGUUCACAAAACAUUUGCAAUUGAUCAGAAUACAGGAGAGGUCAGGUUGAAAGGAAAACUAGACUUUGAAGAGGUCAAUUUAUACGAGAUACAAAUACAAGCCAUUGACAAGGGCCAUGCACCCAUGGAAGGAAACUGUAAACUUUUGGUAGAAGUUUUGGAUGUGAAUGACAAUCGUCCUGAGAUGUCACUGAAGUCACUGUCAGUGCCGGUGCCAGAGGACUCCCCACCAGGGACAGUGGUGGCCCUGAUCAGCAUCUCAGACAGGGACGCUGGGGCUAACGGUCAGGUCAGCUGCUCCGUUUGGCCCCCUCGGCUCCCCUUCAAGCUACAGUCCACCUUCAAGAAUUACUACUCUCUCGUGGUGGCUGAGCCCCUGGAUCGGGAGCAGGAAGCAGAAUACAAGCUGGUAGUGACAGCCCAGGACCAUGGGGCUCCAUCACUAUCAACCACUAGCAGCCUGGUGGUGCCCAUUGGCGAUGUGAAUGACAAUGCCCCUGCUUUUGCUCAACCCUCCUACACGGUCUUUGUGAAAGAGAACAACCCACCUGGUGCCCACAUCUUCACAGUGUCUGCCUCAGAUCCGGACGUAGGUGAGAAUGCCCUAGUCAGCUAUUGGCUGGAUGAGAAGCUCUGGCCCCUGUCGAGCUCCAUCUCAGUGCACUCAGAGAGCGGGAAGCUCUACGCCUUGCAGCCCUUGGACUAUGAGGAGCUGAAGCUGCUGGAGUUCCAAGUGAGGGCCAAGGAUGCUGGGCUGCCCUCCUUGUGCGGCAAUGUGACGGUGCAAAUCUUUGUGGUGGAUGAGAAUGACAACGUGCCAGCAGUGACUGUACCAGGAGAGGAGGCCGCUACCCUGCUGGUGGUACCCAUGACAGCUGGGCAUGUGGUGGGCAAGAUCCGAGCCCUUGAUGCUGACUCAGGCUACAAUGCAUGGCUGCGCUAUGAGUUGCACGAGGGGACCAGUGGGCCUUGGCACGUGGGGCUCUACAGCGGUGAGAUCAGUACAACACGUGCCUUGGAUGAGGCGGAGAGCAGCAACAGCCAUAGUUUGCUGGUUCUGGUGAAGGACCAUGGCCAGCCAGCUCUUUCAGCCACAGCCACGCUGAGCAUUUCGCUGGUAGCAAGUGCCCAGGCCAUCCAGGCUGAUGCCCACCUCCCUGGAAUGGGAGGGAGUCCAAAGCCCCUGGUGGACAACAUCAACAUCUACCUCAUCGUAGCCAUCUGCUCAGUGUCCAGCUUGUUCCUGCUGGCCAUCAUUCUGUAUGUUGCCCUGCGAUGCCACUGUCAGCCUAAGGAAGCAGUGAUGUAUGGUCCUGGCACGGCUACAUUAGUAUGUGCCAGUGAAGUGGGCAGCUGGUCAUACUCCCAGCGCCACAGUCGCAUCUUAGGGGGACUGGCAGGGGAGUCCAGUGCCAAAAACGACCUCAUGGUUUUCACCCCCAAUAUACCGGUUUUUGCAGAGACUGGGGAGGUGGGGAAUAUGAAGGAACUGGUUCAAGAUUCAUCUGGACAGGUGAGUCUCCAAAGCUCUUUUUAG